AUACCUUUCUUAGAUCUUACAAUCAUCUUCCCCCUUCCCACCCAAAACCGUCCUUAAAUAUUCUUCCCUCAUACUCUAAAAAAUUAUCACAAUUCUCAUCUUCCAAUAACAAAACAUCCAAAUGAAUUCCCAAAACUAUCCAAUCCACUUCCAUACCACUCGAACCUUACCCGAAUACGAUGUCUUCAUACACACUUCCGACGGCACACGUAUUCCAGCUCACACAAGCAUCUUGGCCUCAGUUUCGCCGGUUCUCGAGAACAUUAUAGAUCAACCGCGUAAGCAUAGAAGCUCCGAAAGAAUAAUUCAAAUUCACGGCGUUCCUUCCGACGCCGUAACCGCCUUCGUCGGUUGCCUUUACUCAUCCAGGUGCACGGAGGAUGAGAUGGACAAAUACGGAAUCCACCUACUUGCACUCUCUCACGUGUACAACGUGCCGCAACUGAAACAGAGAUGCAUCAAAGGCCUUGUUCAACGGUUGACAACAGAAAACGUGGUGGAUGUACUUCAACUCGCGAGACUCUGCGACGCACCUGAUCUCCGUCUCCGUUGUAUGAAGUUACUCACCAAUCACUUCAAUGCGGUGCAAAAAACCGAAGGAUGGAAGUUCCUCACAAAACAUGACCCCUGGCUUGAACUCGAUAUCCUUCAGUUCAUGGACGAACGCGAAACGAGGAAAGAGACAUCAAGGAGGCAUAGGGAGGAGCAAGGGUUGUAUUUGGAACUGAGUGAGGCGAUGGAGUGUUUGGAGCACAUAUGUACGGAAGGUUGCACCGACGUUGGGCCUUACCAUGUGGAGGUUAACAGAGAGAGGAAACCGUGUAGCAGAUUCUCCACGUGUCAAGGUCUCCAGCUUCUGAUUCGCCACUUUGCCACGUGUAAGAAGAGGGUGAAGGGAGGGUGCUGGCGUUGUAAUCGUAUGUGGCAGCUGUUUAGGCUUCACUCUUAUGUUUGUCAACAAACCGAUUCUUGCAACGUUCCUCUUUGCAGGCAAUUUCAAUUGAAAAUGGAGCAAGAGAAAAGGAAAGAUGAUCCCAAAUGGAAACUACUUGCGAGAAAGGUUGCCUCAGCCAAAGUCAUGUUUUCCCUGUCUCUACCUAAGAGAAAGAGAGAUGAAGAAAUGAGAGUGGCCAUAGACAACCAAGGAAUAAGAUGUUUUGGUUACAAUGAAUAUUGUAACACUGUAUUGGACGAUCGAUGUGUUUCGUGUUGAGAUUGCAUUUAUCUUAAUUUGGAUAGAUUACACUAUUGUUCUUUGGAGGCAAAGGGUUUUUUGAUAGUGUGAGCUUAUUGUUAGUGGCUCUUCACUUGAGGUAUUGGCAAAUUGAGUGUUUGCUUGUCAUUGUAAAUUUUGGUCUUGUUAGGAGAUGUGAGCAAAUGGAACCUCAUUUUGCCAUUUUCGACAUAGGAUUGUAAGGAGGUUCUCAGCUAGUGUUAUAUUUGAUAGAUUAUUCAUGUAGAAAUAUCAAAUGGUCAUUCAUAUAUUAUUCAAAAAUGUUUAUGUUUACUGUUUAUAAAAAUAAUUAUUAGACUGGCA